AUGCUUUACCCAAUCGGACAGCCCUUUGUCUAUCGUUCGAAUUCUCGAAACAAAUUGAGACCUUUCACUUGUCGAUUACUGCUGCCCAGCCAUCUCAUUUUGAUAGUUGCUUUAUUUUUGUUUCCAUUGUUUCGUUUUCUCUUCCUCGAGAAGUAUGAUCUCCCAUUCACAAACCCUGAUCAAUCCAUUCCCCUCUCUUCAGACAUUCAAUUCUUGCUUGAGCCUCAAGAACCGAUUUGCUCAAAUGAAACGAAUUUUUUAAUAAUGAUCGUCUCAAGACCAACCGAAUCUCGGUUACGCCAAACGAUUCGUGAAAGUUGGGGAAACCUAAAAAACUAUGACAAACGCAAGACUCGCAUUUUAUUCUUAAUGGGUGUUGAGCAAUCAAACUUCCAAGCAUCGCUAUCUUUGCUGAGUGAAAACGAGUUGCACAAUGACAUCGUUUUGACGGAUAUUCAUGAAAAUUAUUAUAAUCUUUCGAUGAAGACAUUUGCCUUGCUGCAGUAUAAACAUCACAGGUGUCCGCGGGCAAAAUGUUUGGUUAAAUCGGACUCGGAUAAUGUAAUGAAUAUUCAAAAUUUCGAAAAACUUUGCGAAAGUACAGGGGAAAAAAGCCGUGUGAUGGGCAGAUGUGAUGUGUCUCGUCGAGUGAUGAGACGGGGAAGUAAAUGGGCCGUACCAUUGCAUGUCUAUCCAUUUUCCAAAUAUCCACAAUACUGUUCAACGGGAAUCUACUUGUUCACCGGGAGUCAAACUGCUUCACUCAUCACUCAAGCUACAAAGAAUGCCAUUUUCUUUCAAUCUUCCAAUAUGCGAAUGCUUUCGGAGGAUGUUUUGUUUACGGGAAUAUUUGCUGAGAUGGCCGGUGUUGAACGAGAAAAUUUACAGGGUUUUUCAUUCUUCGAUCGUCCUUCGUAUGAUUGUGUGAACGGCUCAUAUCUCUCCUAUUCACUCCAUAUGAAUCGACGAAAAGAACCCCUUCAUUAUUGGAAACGAUUGAGAUUAUUUGAGGGGAAAACAUGU